CAAUCACGACCCUUGGCCUGAGGCCGCACCUCCACUUUCAGCUUGCUGCGCUCGUUACGUCUCAUCCUCACCUUCACCACCGCAGUUCUCUUGCUGUCAUUUGCGUUGCUACGUGUCUCCCUGUACUCUCAACGUCCACCGCCCUUCUCGCUUGUAUUCAGGUUCAGCCUGCCAUCAAGUCGAGAUGGCUAUCACCAAACGCUUGCCUGCACUCAAGGUCGAGGUAUUCGUUACGGGUGUUCCACUGGAGGAGCACGUCGACGACGACGAUCAAGGGGGUCAGCAUGAAGUUACAAAGUACAUCGAAGCUUCGUGUGGUGACAACUUCGAAGUCAAAUACUGCUUCUCCCCUGGGUUCAGCAUACGUCACGCCAUGUUGGUAGAAUUAUGUCUUGACGGGGAGUAUGCCGAUUCCGCUGUCUUCAACCCUGGCAAUUCUAUUCGCUGGAACAACAUGUAUUACUUCAAGGGAUUGCGGGAAUUCGAAAAGGGCGAAUACUUUUUGCGAAAGUUCUGUUUCUCCCAGCUCGAAAUUGAUGACGGCGAUCCACGCGCAUUCGAGGACUCACUAAAGAAGAAGCUCCAUAAAGUGGGAGUCAUAUCUGUACGCUUCUACUGGGUGACAGCUACCGCAGCAUCAACCCCAGCAGAUACAGUGCAAAACAAGGAGAGUCUCAGUGUUGUGCCAGAGAAAGCCCUCAAAGGCAGCGCGCUAUCCCAUCAGGCUACCUACGGCGCACGAGAAGUCGGCCAGUCUUACAGUACAUGUAGAACUACCAAGGUCGAGGAAUCGCCAUUCGCGGAGUUCACGUUCAAGUAUCGCUCCAGAGCUGCUCUCAAAUCCCUCCUCAUCAUCCCACGAACCCCUAGCCCGGUACCGCUCGAAGAACGCGACGUCAACACACUCACCUUGGAAGAAUCUCGCGAGCUCAUUCGUCUCCAGCGUGGGCAGAGGGACGCCGCUCCAGUCAUCAAGCGAGAGGGUGUCAAACGGGAACGAAGCAGCACCAUCAUCAGCGAGGAUCCAGACGACGACGUUACUUUCGUGUCUGCCAAGCGCAGACGGCUUCCCAUUAUUCUCGAUGAGAAUGGUGCCGAGAUCAUCGAUCUAACAUAGAGAAGGGUCGGUGCCUGUGCCUUGGUCGUGGCAGAUUCUGGCUUUUCUGUCGUUCUUUCGAAGGCUCUCUAGCUGUUUGCGGCGCCGUUCUGGUUGCUGGCGUAUACACAAGGCGUUACGGACUGACUUCAGCGCAAAAUACCGCGGAGUGGUUUCACCGUAGUCACCUUGAGUACAAGCAAGGACUAGU